GAAAUAAAGACACGUAAAGUGAUGUCACGUGAUAAAUGACAACCUGUAUCGUAUCACCUUGGAAACGAUUGGACAAACAUAGCUGAGUAUGGUUUAAGCUCAGCUGUCUGCUUCAAGCUGAGCUGAAAGGAUUUUUCACUCGUUGCCACAUAAAGGAGGUAACAUGUCGGAUUUAGGGCGAAAGAUUUUCAGGUUCUCGGGCGGAGUUCGAUUAAUAUAAAACUGAUUAUGAAUGAAAAUGGAAAAAGAAAUCGUCCAUCCAAACGGAAAAUCAGCUAAAUCUCGUACAGUACAUUGGGGACCGGCUUCGAGAAUGGAUAAAUCUCCGAAAUCCGACGAAGAAAGCGGCGUGAUUAUGUCCAACAACGUGAAUCCUCCACGUGCUCCCUUUGGCCCGGAUGUGCUUAUUGUUAUAGGAUUGAUCCUCUUCAUAUUCGGCUUGACUAUAACUUUGAUCGGUGUUAACACUACCUUCAACCUUCUGGAACUAGAAAUUACGGUCAUGGGUAUCGGACCUUCACUUAUAGCCAUUGGCAUCAUAUUCCUCCUCCUAAGACUCAUCUAUUGCAAAGCUUUUUUCAUGGCAUUUUAUAAAAAAACGCGAUUUAACAACACAGCUAACACCAUUCAUCCUACCCACAAUGAUAAACAGUUAUAUCCCGUAGAAUCGGAAGUGGUCACAAGAACUGUACAAGAAACAGGAAGCGGUGUCAUUGCUCCUCCUCCAUAUUCUUAUACAAAUGGCGAAGAUGCGUUCAAAGAAAAGCUUCAAACGGGAUUACACAAUGAAGAUAACGGGUCCAGACCAGAAGCUGUAGCUAAUUUGAAUGACACCAAAAGUCAGAACUCUCAAGAUUAUGUGAUGGACGAAUUAAGAUGCCUGACACCAAAUUUAGAAGAUAAAGAAAUUGACAAACGAAAUCUGAUAAACAAUAAAAGUAAAAAGGAUGAAGACGAAUCGGAAUUACUCAAUGAGAAAAUUAACGGAAACCAUUCUUCUACCGAAUAUUACCGAGAAUUUAAUAAGACCAUAAGCGAACUUGGUUUAAACAUGUGAGUUUUUGCAUCCAUGGCUAAUGUGCCUUUACCCGUUUCUCGAAUAAACUUGGAUUUAGUAAUUCGGAAAUUGAAUAAAAUAGUAAUGAAGAUGUUUUUCUAUUGAAAAUUUCAAGUAAAAUAUUUCUAUUUUCGAGAAAAAAUAAGACUAUUUACAAAUUAGGGAGCAUUGAGGAAAUUGUUUCUGAAAUCGGAGAAGUGAUAAAAAUGUCUUUCAAUCAACGUAAUAACCUUAUUAAACUAAAGAAAAUAGAAUAAAAGCACGCUCUAAUCAUCAGAAAAGUGUAAAAAUUCCGAAACAUUUUGAUAAAAUGAAGAUAAAACUGCAUUAAUAGAUGAUAAAAGUACAAGUCGGAACUUUUU